AUGGAUUUUCUGUCGAGCGUGGCCAACAUUUUCGACGGCGACUGCACGCUUGCCAUCGGGGCCCGGCACAAGGACGCCCUGCGCGAGGAUCGGUUCGUGCUGUCGGAGUACCUAGCGGAAAUUGGAAUGUGGCUGGACGAGAAACUAAACGACCAUCCGUACGAGCCGCACCACUCUGCGAAUGACGCUCCGGUCGAGGGAAGGCUGGGCCCUCGGCGAACCAUCUUCGACGUGGCGGACGAUAGGUCGAUACUGAUAUCGAAGGACAAGCUGACGCUUCAAUCGCCCAACGCGUUCUCCACCGUGAAGGCAAACUGUUGUGUGUACAGCGGCCGGUGGAUGUAUGAGGUCCAGCUGCGAUCGAAGGGCGUGAUGCAAAUCGGUUGGUGUUCCGCGCACUGCAAGUUCACACAGGACACGGGCGUCGGCGACACACGGUACAGUUACGGGUUGGAUGGGAGCAAGCAGCGGAUCUGGCACGUGUACACGAAAAAGUAUGGUCCAUUCUGGCGCUCGGGUGAUAUCUUCGGAGUGUGCGUGGAUAUGGACGCGGGACAGAUCGAGUACUACCGUAACGGUGCUCCGCUCGGGGAGGCUUUCAAUGACAUCGAGCGGGGUCCUGGGUUGGCGCUGUUCCCGGCAGUGUCCCUAGCGUACACCGACAGUCUGACGGCCAACUUCGGUGGCUCGCCGUUCAAGCAUCCGGUCGAUCGCUACAGGCCACUCCAGGAACCGCCCGAGAUUGAGCUGUACAAGGCCGACUGUUUGCUGAAGUAUCUGGUGAACCUGUCCGGCACCAUCUCUCAACAUUCGCGUCGCACAAACCGGGAAGCGGAACGUUGUGCGACUGACCCGAAUGUCGUCACUCCCGACACGAUCUAUAUGCUGCUUGCGGCCGCGCUCAUCGAACGGAUUGCGCCGCUCCUCGGUAAUUCGUACGUCGUCGAGGAAAAGGUGUUCGGCUACAUCCGGCGGUUGUGCGUGCUGCGUAGCAAUGCCGGGGGCCGUAACGAAGCCCCGACGCAACCGGGGGCCCCGGAGAGCACGCUCGGUACCUUUCUGACGCUCCUCUGGACCUACCUGGAGCCGGAGGAGAUGAAGCUCUUUCUGAAACGAUUGCUCAACUUUCUCGCCAACACGUACAAGGAGACGCCGGUCGAUCUGGAGUACGAGAAGCAGCGCAAAACGAUCGUCAUUCUGACGUGCGUCUGCAACCAUCCGGCCACGCGCAAGUAUCUGCUCGAAUGUAAGUUCUUCAAGAAGAACUGCCUGCCGCUGUUCCUCUACACGAAGCCGCCGGACGAGUCGACGCUCGAGCAGCUCCUGCCAGAUGACCACAUCUGGACGGCCGGACUGGGCGGGUCGCGCGAAACGUAUCUGGCCGCCUGCGAAAAGCUCAAAGCACACACCUCGGUGCUGUACACGCUGCAGAAGAAUCUCAUCCACGUGCUGAUGAACAACCGGGACGGUGACGAGACAAGCUCCCCGUCCAGCAGGCGGCUGUUUGUGGCCAAAGUGCGCAAAUUCGUGAUGGACAACAACGUGGAGCUGAGGCUCGGCCUGUACUCGUCCACAACACAACCGGCGAUCGGAUUGUCAUUUCUCUGCACACUCCUGGACGUCGCCAAAACCGUGUGGGAAGAGGAAUGCGGUGACCAUCACACUCCCGGCGCGUCACGGGGGAAGAAGCCGAGCGCACCGUCCAUCGAUUGUCGGCUAUUUUACGACGGUUCGUUCAAGUACGCAAACCUGGACCGCAUCGGUGGGGUUCUGUCGUACCUGAGGAAACACUUCCGAGAGCAGCUGCUCGAGAGGCUGGGCGGCGAUCAUCCGAGCUUGGUUGACGCCGAUCAGGCGAGUGAUUUGCGAAGCGAAAUUGCUGCCUUCAAUGUUUUCCUCGAUUCGGCCAUGUUUCUCGUGUCAGGCGGCCCGACCACUGCCUAUUCGUUGGUUUCCCGUGCAGCCAACAGCGUACCCGAUCGGCAACAUCAGCCUCCACAGCAGCAGCAGCAGCAACAACAGCCAGCCCAGAGCAAUCCGGAAGAGGGCGCCAGUAGCACCACAGGGUCAUCGGGUGGCCGGGCAGGAACCGCGAUCGGAUGUGGUCCGCUUGAUCCGUAUCGGGCCGUCUGUGAGCUGCUCGACAGUUGUGUGAUUUUCUACAACGCCGUGGCGCACAAGUACGUGGUGAUGAUAGCGGAUCUGCGGGACAACAUAACGCACCUGUCGGACAUACUGCUCGAGACGAAGACUAACUGCGACGAGGUGAUGCACAAUCUGGAGGAACUGAAGCGCUGCUCCGUGGACGGGAAGAAUUCCGGGGGUUACAAUCAGCAGUCGCACGAAGAGCUGCUGAGCGAGCUGGACGCACGCUUCGGUCAGCGGAAGAGCAUUUUUGCGAAACGCUCGAUGGAGUUGGCACGCAAACAGGCCUGGUACCGGUCGGUGGCCUUGGGUUCGCACCGACGGUCACUGCUUUGCUGGCUGCUCGGCAUCAUCUUCGACACGGUGCACCGGUUCAGCGAGGACGAGGUUCUGUUUGCGUUUCUGCCCGAAACCUACGUCAACGUAACGCCCUUCCUGCUCGAUACGGUGCUGGACUUUAGCUUUCACGACACUGCCCUCCAGCACGACCUCACUGCCGACCGGCCACUGAUUCAAACGGCCGCCAACGUUCUGGCCCGUCAUCUGGGAGACGGGCGUGUCGUACAGGCGUCGUGCAAGGAUGCGCUGAUUCAAGCGCUCGGUUCACUCACCUGCCAUGAGGCCGGCAUUCGAGCUCUCGAGGGUGCCACUGCCGAGAACCAGCAGGCCCUGGUGCGGGCGUUGCUACGGCCGUACGAGAACCGGGCCUGGGGCCAGAGUAACUGGCUGUUCCUGCGGUUCUGGCUCGGUCACGGCUUUGCGUACCGUGAAUCGAGGCCACCGUGCGUGUGGCAGGCGGGCAAAGAUCCGGCGGCCAGACGAUUGCUCGGCCUGUACCGGAGCCGCUCGAAGAGUGGACCGCACACCGGUUUGCUGCACCUGGUGGCGCCCGCCUGUCCUUCGGAGCACUUUCAGCACCUGAUCAGUGACACGCUCAGCCGGGACGAGCCGUUCUGCACGACGUUCCUGAACUCGGUGCUGUCGCAGCUGAACUGGGCGUUUUCGGAGUUCAUUCACAUUCUGCAGGAUAUACAGAACAUAUCGCAACGCGAGGAACAACUCGCCGUCGAGGCGAAGCAGCUGAAAAUCUGCUCGAUGUGCUUCGAGCUAACCGUUUCACUGAUGCGUGCGCUGGAAAUGAUUGUCACAAUCACACCGAGCCUAUUCCAGGACGCUUCCCGAGCGAACGGGGAGAUCAUUCUCGGCCGCAUCUGUCAGCUCGCGAUUCAGGUGCUGUCGCGCGUCACCGUUCCGCCCGGGUGCUUCCAGCACGUGAUGGACCUGUGCUUGCCGGAACUGAGCAACGUGACACACUUUGCGAUCAUCAGUGCCACGAUCGGGAUGCUGCUGGCGUUGAUGCGCCACGAACUCGGUGGUAGCUGCAUGGAUCUCAAGAUACCGCGCAUCACGAAGUAUCUGCUCACGGACACGAGCUUCCACAUAGCCAGCCUGGAGUACGCCCUGGGCGAGGUGAAAACUCCGAUCAGCAGCGGCCGCAAUGGAGAGGCAGCCCCACGGGGGAACUUUGACCCGAAGAUGCGAGCACACAUCGAUCCGCUGACGAACGAGGUACGGGUGCCGUCACCGUUCUCCACGCCGGGUCCAUCGCACGAGAUCAUUCCCGAUCCCCCGAUCAUCAAGUUUAACAUGGCCGACUACACCAGCCACGUUACGGAGGACGAGGUACGGCAAAUCGUGCAGCUGAUUAAGACGCUGCAGUUGCGCCAAACGUUACUCUCGGAAAUCACCGUCCUGUCGGAGGAUUCGCUGUGUCCGAUUUGCUACGCCAAGUCAAACUCGGCCGCGUUCGAACCGUGUCACCAUCAGUCUUGCGAGACGUGCAUCAUGCAGCAUCUGAUGAACAGCAAGCAGUGUUUCUAUUGCAAAAUUCUCAUCACACGCGUCACACGCCAAGACGGUGCAACUAUCUACGAGAACUGCUCCACGCCACCGGCCCCACCCGUCAGGCUGGUCACAACGGGCAUUACAACGCUCGUGAUUAAUCCGGAGGAAGCAGAAUCGGAUUCCACCAUUGACGAGGCCGUGGACGAAUUCGAUGGGCCAUCCGGGAGUGUGCCAUAA